AAGGCAUUGAGUGAAUCUGACAAACUCCGAAGUCGAAGCUGCGUAGUUAGGUCUUCGAAGUCAAACAGCAGCAAUGGCGUGGGCUCCGAUGGAAAUCAACCCGGAGAUGAUGAACAAGAACAUGAGAAAGCUUGGCGUCGGUGGGAACUGGUGCUUCGUUGACGUGCUGGGGCUGGAACCCGAACAGCUCGGUGCCGUCCCAAAACCAUGUUGUGCCUUGAUGCUUCUCUUCCCCCUUACUCAACAGCAUGAGUCUUUCAGAGCUCAGCAGGCAGACAAGGUUUCGACAGACUCGGAUGUUUACUUCCUGAAGCAGACUGUUGUAAAUUCUUGUGGCACCAUUGCUCUGGUGCAUGCUGUUGCCAACAACCAGAGCAAAUUGAGUUUUGAGACAGACUCUGUCUUGAAGGCCUUUUUAGACGAGACGGCCAACAUGUCUGCUGCUGAUCGUGCUAAACAUCUGGAGAAUAACAAGGCAAUCUGUGCGGCUCACAAUGAGGUGGCCAUGGAAGGACAAUGCAGGCCUGAAGCUGACGAAGUCAACUUUCACUUUAUUGCCUUUGUCAAUGUAAACGGCCAACUUUAUGAAUUUGAUGGGAAAAUAAACGGACCUGUGAACCAUGGAGCAACCAGCGAAGACUCCUUUGUUGCUGAUGCAGCUAAAGUGUGCCGUGGCUUCAUAGAACGAGAGCAAGAUGAACUCCGCUUCUCUGCUGUGGCUUUUUGUCAGUGUUGAAGUGUCCAGUUACCACAUCAGCUAAUUGUAAAUGGAAAUGUUCAGAAACAGUUUUCAUUGUACCCACGGUAAAUUAGUGUGCACAUACGUCUGCCGGCACUAAGCACUAUAAAGGAUGUUUUCAUUUACUCUUCAACAUAGCAGUGGUCUUUAGGAUUAUAGCACAAACUGAAUCAAACUCUUCGACACCGAUGCAGUCUUGUGGAAACAGUUAUGUGAUCUUAAUGGGAAAAUAGUUAAACACUGCAUUAAAUAUCAACUACAUGUUAUUUUGCCUUUUUGUCCAACUUUAUAAAGACUGCUUCAAUGCCUUUUUUGCCAAGGUUGAAACAGGAAAACGUUUUUGGAAGUGUUCUCUUUGCAUGCUUUUAAUUGUUUUGUGGUUUGCAUCAUAAAUGCUGGACAUCCUCCAGAGAGCCCAAACACGUUUAUUAGGAUAAGUUUAAUCCUCUGGUUUAUUCUAAUGUUUGGAGUGGUGGUCUUGGGUGAUCUUUGUUUACUUGAAGUUUGAAAAGAUUCAUUUGUUUUACAGGGACUGUUAAAUGCACUUUACCUAGGAAUAGUAUUGUUCUGACACAACUGCACAGAGUUUUGCAAUCUGUUAAAGUAAUGACAUAUCUGAUUCAUUGGGUUGUUGAGCGGCUGUGAUCAAACAUGUUGCCUUUCUGCACUUUUCUGAUCCUCUGUUGCUGUUCUACUGCUAUUGAGAAUUUAAUAAAGCAAACAUUAAAUGUG